AUGUCGCUGCUUAGAAUUAUUCUGAUAAUCAUAUUUUUGAGGAUAGUUUCGUCCAUACCUGACACAAUCAUAUCACACUUGAGUGCUGAACUUCAAAUAAAAAUCCAAAUUUACUUCGGCCUUGGAAACGACUUAUAUGAUUUUUCAAGAUUAGAUGGCAAUUACCAGAAAAUUAUCAUUUCUCAUAACAUUAGUGAAGAGUUUAAAACCUAUCACGACGAACCUGUGCUUAUAAUAAUACGACUCGAAAGGGAUUUGAAUUUGAAUUUGGCCACUUUGGAUGUGUUAAGAUCGUAUCUCACGGAUAGGCAGUACAAUGACAUUUUGCUGAUAGAUAAUGAUGAAGAAAAUCUAAACAGUUAUGUGGAUAUACGUAAAGCAUACUGGAAUGCAGGCUUUUCACAAGUGCUAAUUUAUAACUCGCAGCAACGAACGUGGUCAAUAAAACCCUAUCCUUACUUGCAGAUAAGGCCUACAAGCUUGAAAGAGUAUAUUGAAAACAGGAACACCCGUAACUUGAUGGGUUAUCCACUGCGUGUUUUAGUGACCAACGACCCACCUCAUUGCUUUGUGGACAAGGAUGAACUGCCAGGUUCUCCGAAUCGUUAUAAAGGCAGUAUAGUCACCAUGUUGAAAAUAUUUGCUGAUCAACUCAAUGCAACUUUUCAAGCGAAUCCUUUUCGUGAAUUUCGUCGCUAUUCCACCGCAGACUGUGUGCAGAUGGUCAGUGAUGAUGAAAUCGAUGCCUGUGGCAGUAUCUUCAUAAGGACCUACACGUAUGCCACCAGUCAGCCAGUUCGCUUGAAUCGUGUGGUCAUAAUGGCGCCAUUUGGAAACCCCAUCGAGAAGUUCUACUAUUUCUUCAGGCCCUUUGACUUGUACGUCUGGAUCGGAACUGGUAUUAUAGUGGUGUAUAUAGCGGUAAUGGGUUCCUUGCUCCAUCGCUGGCAUUUCAAGGAAUGGAAUGUGGGUCAGUAUCUCCUGCUGGCCGUACAAACUCUGCUGAACCGGGAAUUAUCUUUGCCGCAGUCUUCGAGUGGCUCCAAAUUUAUGUUACUACUUCUGCUAUUCGCUAUUGGAUUCAUUUUGUCCAAUUUAUAUGUGGCACUGCUGUCCAUGAUGCUGACCACAAAACUGUACCAGAGACCCAUUGAAAACUUGGCCGACUUGAAGGCGGCAAAUGUGAACAUACUACUCCAGACGCACAACAUCAGACCCAAUUCAGUUUACGGCAGCUCGGAGGAGUUGAGGGAGAGAUUCCUUCUGGUGGAGGAAUCCCAACACUUGGAGAAGAGAAAUGGCUUGGAUCCAAGUUACGCCUAUGUAGACUCGGAAGACAGAAUGGACUUCUAUCUAUACCAACAGAAAUUCCUGCGAAGGCGCAGGAUGAAGAAGUUAUCCAAUCCCGUGGGUUACACCUGGGCCGUUCAGGUCAUCAAACAAAACUGGGUCCUGGAAAAACACUACAAUGAUCAUGUGCAACGCUUCUUUGAGACCGGCUUGCAAAAUAAGCUGGUGGAUGAUGUCCACGAGUUGGCCGUAAAGGCUGGCUUCCUGCACUUCUUUCCUACUCAAACUCAAACCAUUGAACCACUGCGACUCGAGGAUAUAGUGAUGGCUGCCAUGGUCUUGGGCGGCGGACACGCCCUCGCCGUGAUCUGUUUCCUGGUCGAGCUGUUCGCCUAA